ACCAUUGCCUUAUUUAACAAGGAAUACCAAGAUUUCUAUCCACUUUUGUUGCCACCACCGAUCGCAACAAUGGCUACUCCGAUGUCAGGCAUGGCAGUGCAGGGCAAUUGAAUAAAUACUAUUGAGAAUUAAGAGUGGUAGAACCAUGGCAGCUUCAGAGUUUAGCAGAUUCACUCAGCUGAAUGAGCCCAAACAUUUUGAUGCCAUCGCCACUCCCGACGGUUUCUUCUCGAUCUGCGGUUUCGGUUCUCUCCUCUCCGAAAGGAGUGCACGUGGUACAUUCCCAGGGUUGAGAAACUUUAGAAUUGCUGCCUUGCGUGAUUUUAGACGAAUUUAUGCUCAUGUUGCUGCAUUUUUCUAUGACCGUGGGAUAGCAAAGGAGGAUACAAAGGAAAUUUCAAGCAUGAGCACAGAACCAUGUCCUGGAGGAUAUCUUAUUAUUACCGUCUUUGAGGUACCAAAGUCAGAGGCUGUAGCUCUUAUGGAGAGGGAGUCUGAGUUUCGUUACAUAGUUGUCAUCCCAGAGGAAUUAGAUGGGAAACCUUUUACUCAUCCAGCGGUUCUAUGUGCGAGGUAUAGCGAUGAAGAGUUUUUCCAUGAGAGAUGCAAAGGGAAUAAGGACAUCUAUUUCAAACAUUAUGGACGUGUAAACAUUUACCAAAUCUGGCGGAAUGAUAUCUUGCCUUGCCGGGUUUAUCUUCGACACUGUGUGUUGGCAGCAAAGAACCUAAGUGAAGCAGCAUAUGAUAAUUUUUUGGAUCAUACUUUCCUUGGCGAUCGAAAGACAACCAUUCGGGAGUACUUGGGCUCAGCUGGCUCAGGCAUCAUGGAAGAGGAACCUCCUGAUUGUGUCAAGGGUAGAUAUGAUGGCUGAUCUCAGAAGUAAUGAGUUGGACAAUAGUACUUGGAUGGAUAAUUAUUCCAACUGAAACUAAUAGGGCUGCCUCAUCCAAUUGUAAAAUUGCAGGUGUCGUGCAAUUCAAAGAAUGUAAUAUGAUUAAGUAAAACUAAAUAUGUACUUGCUCAUUUAUUCACCCAAAAAAAACAUGUGCUUUCUUCUUUGAAGUGAAUCCACUGCGAUGGAUGAAAUUAUUGUAUGUUGUACUCAAAACUUGGCACAUUGCUAUUCUGAAGUUGCAAAUGAAAUAAGGGGUUGUUGGGAGUCAAAA